AUGAACUUCCUCACUUUGGUUUGCCUGGGAAACACUUUCUUUCUCUUUUAUAUUAGAAGGAAAACUGUGCUGGCAAAGCUCACGGGGUCCUCCACAGAGUGGGCCACUGGGAAUUCUGAUCACUUUCUUUACAAUGCCACAUCACAAGCUUUGGUUCUCUUUGGUGCCCCUAAGGAAGACAUUGAGAUUUUUCAUGAAAAUAAAAUGACAAAUACUGAAGGGGUGAAUAAAGGCAUUUACUUUAGCUACCCAUGUCGACGUCAAAGCUGUGCUUUAGUAAACAUCCCAGCACCAUGUGUCAACAAAAUGAUUUCACACAUUGAAGAUUUGGAAUCUAAAAUACAAGAGCAUUUGAAACGGUUUGAAACAUCUCUUGAGGAAUGGAGCAGAACUUCUUCCACACAAGACCAGAAGGAAGACUGGAGUAUUGCUACACCAGUGAAAGAGGUUAAACCAGAAGAGAGAGAUGAAAAGUGUCCAGAAUUGAAGCAGGAAAUGGAAACAUUGCUCUCAGAGGCCAUUCAUCUCAUUAAAAGUCUAGAAACUGACCGUGCAGAAGCUGAAGAAGCUUUAAAACAACAAAAAUCAAGAAAGAAAAAGAUUCACAUGAAAAUUGAUUCUUGGUCAAUCUGGAGACUUCAAGAAAUUCCAUUAGCUGUGCAGAAAGAACAUGAAGCCUAUUUGGGAGAUAUUGUAGAAUUACAAUGGCAUCUUGAAGAUAAAGCUUAUCAACUGAAACAUUUUGAGGAGCAAAAGGCAAAAUUAGAAGAAGUUAAUGCAAAGCUUCAAGCAGACAUAGACUACAUGAAUAAAUUUGGUCCUCUAAUUAACUCAAAACAGAACCAAGAACUUGAAGCUCUGAAAGAAUUUCAAACAAAGAAAUUUGAGGCAAUGGAAUUAUACAAACAAACUCAUGAAGAACUUGAAGAAGCUAUAGAAAAUGUUGAAAAUGCCAAAUUGAAUGUUAAACAAAUUAGACAAAACAUGGAGCAAGACAUUCAUAAUGAUGAAACAACCAUAGAAGCCUACAAGAGAGAGAUAGAGAAACUUGACAAUCUAUAUCAUCACUACUCUACAGCGGUACAAAAUGUCAAUGCUAGUAUUGAGGAGAACAAAGAAGUAGUGACUGAAGCACUGAAGGAAACAAAGUCAUCAACAAAGGAACUAUCUGAUUUAUCAAAAAUGGUCGAUGAUUUAAAAAAAAAUUAUGAUCAACUAUCCUGGAAGAAAAAAAGUUUUGAAAAGGAGUAUCUGAGUGUACUUAAUGAUUAUUAUGCCGCAAAAAAAUCAUGGGAUAUUGAGCUUUCUAAUAUUGCAAAAGACUUUUCAGAUAUUUCAAUCGCAAAUGCUCAAUUGACAGAAGAAAACAAAAAACUUGAAAUUGAUAUUGAAACAGUGGCCGGUUUAAUCAAUGAAAGUAUAAAGAAAAAAGCAGAAUUGGAGUCUGAAAUCCAAUCUUUGAUGAAACUAAGGUCCAAAAAUGAAGAAUUUCUUAAACAACUAUACAGGGAAUCUUAUCAGCUUGGUGCUGUUUUCCACCUAACCAAAUUUAAAACAGAGGAAUUAGAAGAGAAAAUAGCAGAAGUGAGAAGAAAAUUCAAGGGUAGAGAAGAAUUCUUGAAAAAACUCACACGAGGUGAAGUAGCUAAUGGAAUGAUGAUUCAGAAAAAACUGUAUUCCAUCCAAGAAGAACAGAUACUUGAGAGGCGGGAUCUUUUGGAAAAUAAAGCAAUGUGUACCCUAGCACUGGCAAAACUUGGGACACCUCUACUUCAACUAGAAGCAGAUGCUAUAAGAAUCAGAACUAUCCACAAAGAACAUUCUGAUAUAUUAAAUGAUAUAAUUGAGAGGAGAGACUAUGUUAAAAGAAACGUGGAACGAACUAAUCAAAAAUUACGAAGAAGGGGGAAGAAAACCCGUGAUGCAAUAACAGAAACCGAGGAAAAACACUCAAUGAUUUUUAGAGAAAUAGAGAACACUAAAAGUAAAACGAUUACUUAUCUUGCAAAAAUAGAUGAGUUGAAUAAGAACUUAAAAGAAAAAGAGAAAGAAAGUAGUAUUUUUGCUCAGACACUUGAGAGUUUAAAGAAUGAAUUUAUAACCAUGAGAUAUAAAAAGGAGCAUGCACAAGCAGUGUUUGAUCAUCUCAUAAGUGAGAAAAAAAUCUGUGAAGAGAAACUCUAUGAGGAAGAGCAGAGAUAUCGAACACUAAUUACCAUGAGGCAAAAAACUCUGGCAGAUAUUAAAAAAAUACAAGAUGAUUCUCUAGAAGAAAAUCUACGUUUAGCUCAAGAAUAUCAAAAAUUACAGACUACUUUCUUAACAGAAAAGGACAAUUAUUUCAAUCUAUAUGAUAGACAGUUAUCACUUGAUGCUUCAAUUCGAGAUAAGAAACAGCUCUGUCAGCUGCAAAGAAGGAUACACAAGGUGUGGCAGAAGCACUUCAAACUCGUGGUCCUCUACAGCCAGAUGAGGCUGGCCAAGUUCCAGACAGACUCUCAAGAGAGUAUUAAGAAAAUAUUAGCUGUGCAGGAGGAAUCUUCAAAUUUAAUGCAACACAUCUUAGAUUUCUUCCAGACUUUGACAGAUGGCUCAUGUAAAGACGAUGGUUAA